AUUGUUGGCAUCGUUCUUUCUAAGUAGGAGGCGCUUUUGGUCGAACAAGCCAUUUCGUCGUUUGUGUGCGUGGAGUUGGUGAAGUAAGAAAAUUCACGACGAGUCCGAUAGCUUUGCAUUUAGGAGCAAAUAAUUAGAGUGUUGCAAAGUCUUUUAGUGGGUAAGGCGCAUACACAACACAUUACAAUGUCUAUGGCUUCCACGUGCUACAAAUGCAAUCGCCCUGGCCAUUUCGCACGCGAUUGUAAUUCCGGUGGUGGUGGCGGAGGUGGACGUGAUAUGAGACGCGGAAACAAUCGCGAAAAGUGUUUCAAAUGUAAUCAAUUUGGUCAUUUUGCUCGUGCCUGCCCAGAGGAGUCGGAACGUUGCUAUCGCUGCAAUGGUAUAGGGCACAUAUCGAAAGACUGCGCCCAACCAGAUAACCCAACAUGUUUUAACUGUAAUAAGGUCGGGCACUGGGCCCGUAACUGUCCCGAUUCAUUGAACGAUCGUGGUUCCAGUAACAUUUCUUGCUAUAAGUGCAACCGCACUGGUCACAUCUCGAAGAAUUGUCCAGAUACGGCAAAGACAUGUUAUGGCUGUGGUAAAAGCGGUCACCUGAGACGCGAGUGUGACGAAAAGGGGAGUCGUAAUUAGAAAGCGGCCAAUCUCCACAAAUGGCGAUUGAACUCAUUCAUUUCCUCCAACUUCCCUGUUACCGAAUCCACUUCUUGAGUAAACAUUUUUAAGACUAUCGAUUAUAAAAACCAUACCAAUAAUCCUCAAAUCCGAUAUAAGUCCCUUGAAUUAUUCCGAGUUGCAGUGGCAGCCCGUAAAACAUAUAAACUGAAUUAAAAGCAUCAGGCUAUUCAACCUAACAACAACGUAUAUUCAGAGUAUGUAUAUCUCACUAUUCUACUUUGGAUAUAAAGUAAAAUACAAGAAAACAAAAAGAAAUAUGGAUGGAUUAAAAAGAAUUUUGAAAUUUAUUAUAAUAAAAAUAAAACGAUGAGGAUCGCUGUGAAAUAUUCUUCAGUUUGCAUCUCACAUUUAGCCAAACGCCCAAAGAAGAUUUGUUACUAUUAUCAUCCCCCUUCAGCUGAACGCCCGAAGAAGAGUUGUCACUAUAUUCAACCCCCCUCUUUCUAUAGAUGAUCAACGAUGGCACACGGUGGAUUGAUUUUAUUACAGUAUGGAGCGAUGUGAUGCCGAGAAAUAACGCAACCAUCUCAGAAGCACUAUGUUUAUUUACUUUCAAAUUUAUAUAAAACUUACUUAUAAAAACAACAAAAAUUUCAAAUAUCACUGUGAUUGUUUUUUAAUUGUAUAUUAAAAUAUUGGAGCUGCUGAUUUGAGAACAAUUGAA